AUGCCUCCACAAACUGUUUCUGGCUCCGUCACGUCGGCAUGGCGUUCUUUCUGGCAUACCAUGACCUCCUACGACCGCCAUGCCUCCCAUGACUCUCCUUACCGUACCGGCCAGCAUGUGCCUCUCAAUUCAAGUCGCCAUGACACUCUCACUUCUGUGGCAACUGCAGCCGAUUCCCGCCCUGAUCUGACCUCGCCUUUCGAAGAAGACGAACUCGCGAAGACGUCUAUGGGCUCGCACUCUAAUGGUUGGGCUGAUUCCCCAAGAGGCGGGAGUCGUCCAUACUCACCGGGCAUGCGGUCUUUGGUAUCGCAAAGUAGGAGAUCAAGCGACCAGGGCGCCGGUGCUAACGGUGUCUCGGGAGAAAUACAAAUGCAGAGUUUCCACGACGGCGCCCCACCUCCUCCACCAGUUUCCCACUCGUGGAAGAAGAUCGAUCGCUGGACUGAAGACAAUUUCCAGGAGCUUUUUGACCAGCUGUGUGAAGGCUGCACGCAGAACGAUGUCAACGAGCUGGAGCAUGAACUAGAUUGUAGCUUACCUUUGGAGGUGCGCGAAUCUUUGCAGAUUCAUGACGGUCAAGAGCGUGGCGGCGCCCCUACAGGCAUUAUCUUCGGUUGUAUGCUGCUGGACUGUGAGGAAAUUGUCCAUGAAUGGAGGAAUUGGCGAACUGUUGCCGAGGAAUUUUUCCAGAGCUCUACCAUCGUUACACCUCAACCUCCCUCGAAAGCCUUUGGAUCCUCGUCAUCGGCAGGCCCCUCUCAACAACAUCAAGCUUCCAACCCUCUGUGGAGACAAGAACUCCUAGAUCGUCAAGAUUCACAGCCACCGCGUGCUAUUCAAAAGACAUAUGCACACCCCGGUUGGAUUCCUCUUGCGCGUGACUGGGGCGGCAACUGCAUUGCUAUCGACCUUGCGCCUGGUCCAGCCGGCAAAUGGGGUCAAGUCAUUAUUUUCGGACGCGAUUACGAUUGCAAGUAUGUGGUGGCCCGAUCGUGGGCGGCGUUCCUUGCUCAAGUUGCGGAUGAUUUCGGCAGCCCCUUUGUGGUGGUGGACGAAGAAACUGCAGAGCUGAAAUUCAAACCGUUUAGAAAGCAAAACGUUGAACCUCCUUAUCUGGAGGUUCUGCGAUGGAGAGUAGACCAGAGAUAUGGACGGCAACCACGCCGAAGGUCAGCUAACGGCCUGGGUGUGAAUACGAACGUGGAAAGGUCUCGAAAUUCUCCUUAUGGCAGUCCAGCUCCGAGUGAAGAACGCGGACGGUCUCCUCAUCGCUUUAGCAAUCGCGCUCAAACCCAAAGCCCUAAAACACAAUUUGGCAUUUCCAGCCCUCUUGCCCGUGUGACUGAAGAAUCAUCAAGUCCUAUUACCUCUGCUAACGACCGACUUCCUCAAGAAUCAGUACCCAAGGAGCAGCCAAUUAAGGAAUCUCCUGGCGAAGAUUUACUCGAAAUAACCACUCCAUUAGCAUCAAAUGAGCCAAGUGAUCCUAUGAACGAUGUCACUGUUCCUUUAAACGACGUUUCAAUCUCUGAGAAGACCUCGAAACACACCUCUACAUCAGAUGCCGCUACUGUUAGUCUGGAAUCCGAGAAUCUAGGUGAGAUGAAGACAGUGGCGAUAUAG